AUGGCUGGUGAUGAGCAUGUGCAAUGUGGGCAUGUGCACAGGGCCUAUCUUUUCGAGGGGCCCAACUUUUUUCUUUUUUUAUUAUAUUCAGUUUUCAGCCCAAAUGUAAAUCCAAGUACUCUGAUCGUAGUCCCUACGCAAGAAGGGCAAGGCAGCAUCUCGCAAAUUGCAGCAGAACAGAAGCUAAUUGCAUACAACAUUUAUAAUUUCAUCAGAUUGAACAACACAAAGCAGAGAUCAAGAGGCUUUAGGAAUCUAAGGCACAUAUCAAGGCAUUAUCUGUUAUGCAGCUUUACUAAAAGAGAGUUGAGAGGGGAGAUUGUGAACAUAAUUGGUUGUUGGGGACGGAUCACAUUCAAAGAUGGGGAUUUUAUAUUUUUAUUUAGAGACUGGGUGUAUCAGCCUAGAUUUCAGCUCAAAGCUUUGGGCUCCAAGAAAAGUGAUGCAGAGAGGUUGCUAAUUAACCUCUUGAGUGGCCCAUUCUUUGUGUGUUUUUCUAAUUCGUCUCUAGUUUCACUCAUAGCUGGUUCUUCUGAUUCGGCAUCUGAAGAGUCUAUGGUUUCAGAUUUUUUAGAGGAUGGUUAG